UCUGGUGAUGUAGCCGCGUUUGGAGCGCCGUUCCCCGGCCAGCCUCCCAGCUGUGGAUCGCUGUGAUUUCUUCUUCUUCUCCCCCGUCACCGUUACUCCCAGCAGGGGCCUGCCGCCGCUCUCUCCGGGAUAAAGAAAUGGAGCUCCGGACAAUCCUGCCCGUUCUGCUCUGCCUCUCUGCCGCCUGUCUGCAGGUGUCCGGUGCUGCUUCACGGACAGGACCGAAAGUCACGGAGAAGGUGUUUUUUGAUAUCACAGUGGCGGGUCACGAGGUGGGGCGGAUUGUCAUUGGCCUCUUUGGGGAGGUCGUCCCACUCACCGUAAACAACAUCGUUGCCCUGGCAACCGGAGAGAAAGGUUACGGCUACAAAGGGACAAGGUUCCACAGAGUCAUCAAGGACUUCAUGAUCCAGGGAGGAGACUUCACAGCUGGAGAUGGAACUGGAGGUCAUAGCAUCUAUGGAACAACCUUUGCAGAUGAAAACUUCAAACUGAAGCACUUAGGAGCCGGCUGGGUGAGUAUGGCGAAUGCUGGUCCGGACACCAACGGGUCGCAGUUUUUCAUCCUGGCUACCAAAGCUCCUUGGCUGGACGGGAAACACGUGGUUUUUGGCAAAGUCCUGGACGGGAUGUCUGUGGUUCACACCAUCGAGCUCCAGGACACUAAUGACAGGAACCUCCCGUACACCGAGUGUGUGAUCGUCAACAGUGGCAGGAUCCCCGUGAAAGAGCCUUUCGUAGUGGAGGUGGAGGGCUGGUAAAUGACAAGACAUUAUGUGAUUAUUACUGCUGAUCAAUCAGAAAUCCAGUUUGCAGUUUUGCCAAAUUCAUAUUUUCAUACAUUACUCAUGUUAACAUGUUAACACUAAAGGGCAGGGUAUUGUUUGAAUCUUUUGAUACCAAGGCUGAAACAUUAAGGUAUUAAGGAACAUAUCAAACAGUGAUGUUAACAAUUGCUAAUGAAGGAAGGGAAGAUUUUUAUGAACUUUCUAACAGGGAAUACAAGUCAAUCUGUAGUAAACUGGGUGUGGAGAUCAGAUUGGGAUUAAUAGUAAAAUUGUAAAAGAAUACACAAACAUGUCAUAUUUUUCUAUCCUCAGCUGAAAACCUUAUAUCUCCAAAAUGGCCACAUUUUUGAACCAGAUUUAUGACAGUGGUGUAACUUCACUUUGUGACCUAAAAUAGUUUGAAAGGAUUUGUGAACCUUAAAGGGUAACUUAUGAUACCAACUUAUGAUAUUUUUACAAUCUGAACCCCAUUUUCUGUGUGACUAACGGUAACAACAGUUUGAAAAAUUGGUCCAGUAUUGAGUGAGCGCACUUCAGUCAGCAGCAGUGAAACAGGGCUGCAACCAGCAGCGUAACAUAAUUGUGACUGGCCCCGGUGCAAAUAUUUUUCUUGUGCCCCCCCAUCACCUGCCCCCAAAAACACGCUCAUGUACACACGGGCUACAGACACACAACGACUCCAUGCAAUUGCAAACCUGCAGCCUUUGAUCAGCAGAACAAACAGCAGCCAAAGUGCCAAAUCUAUCAACUCAAAUACAGCUGCAAAGUAAUCCUUGUGGGCAAUUGCUUCCUGUCAAAGUACGUCCACAAAGGGCUUGUUUUUGCCACUGACAGGCUCAGCUUGAUAAGUGUCUGACUUAAUUAUGGAAAGGAUCCCUAUAGAUACCCUACCUUUUUUUUUUUUACAGAGUAAGAUCCUUUUGUUUAACCAGAAACAGUCGCUGUGUUCAAAGCCACCAGACUCCAUUGACAAAAACAGCAAUUUCUUCUUUACCAAAGCGGGAGUAAAGUGUUUUGCAAAACGUGCAGUAUUGUGGUCGAAAAAGGAAAAGGAAAUCGUAUAUUGACAAACACUUGUCACCGCAAAACAUACGGGGAGAGUGGAAGAAAUGCACAAAGGACGUCUGACAAGACAAAUUACUGUGACACAGGCUGUUGCAUCCCGGUCAACUGCAAGCGCUGAAAGAAUCAACACGAGUUAAAAAUGUUCCUUUACUACAUUAGUCACAGUGAAAAUUGGGCCUAGGUAGAAAAAUACCAAAGUUAUCCUUUAAGGUGUGAUUUUAGGGUGAUUUACCCUGUCAUUUAAAAAUACAUCACUGAAUACAACAAUACACAUACAAGACAAAGUUUCGCAACACAUUCUCACUCCCAACUCGUUACAUAUUGUAUGUCAAGACCUCUUGGCAACGCUUUAACACAGUGGGUACCCCUUUAGCAUUGUUUUUGCACAUGCAGGGCUCCUCAGUCAAGUUAGCAAUAAUAAAUAUGCAAUGUGGGUGAAAGUCCGGUGUCUGACCCGACCAGCUAAUCCGAUCUGCUCCCUACAUGGACUUUUGAGUUAUUUAUAUUAGACCUACUCCAAGGGGUCUUGACCAAGCGUCCAUAUGUGACGACUUGGGAGUGAGAACAUGUUGCUGUGGAAGUACAGCAUUUAUUUUAUUCCAAGGUGGAUUGUUUAUCCAUUUGAAUUUAUGUGCUGGUUAUUUAUGACAUACUCCGUCUUAAAGGACCUCUCAUAGAUGAGCAUGUAAUACAAAAACCAAAACCUGGAGAUAUGAGGUUUUCAGCCCAUUCUGACACAUUGUAAGCAGAGAGGAGUGGUGUCAGUUUGACCUCGUUGUGUUCAUUAUUGAUCAGGUUCACUGUGGUUCAUGUUAACGUUUUUUAUACGUUAGCAUACUUCCAUAUUUAGUGGAUGGUGCCAGUUAGCAUUAUCAAACUGUAUAAAACGAAAUAAUGAACUGUGACUCAAACGUAUCAUGAAAACUUGCACUUACAGAACUUUGUAGCUCCUCAUUAAUCUCUUAUUGCCAAAUCAUUGCUAUUUGCCAAAGUAGCUUGCAUGUUCUAUGCAUCUGAUCAAUACUUCAUGUCAUAUCUGUUAACAAACAUAUGCAAAAAUUACUUGCAACCUCUGUAGCAAGCACCUUAUUAUUUAUUUUUAUCAUUCCAUUCCAUCAAGGAAAAUGAAGAUAUCCUUUUUCAUGUUUUGAUUAAAUGGAGAUAAAGUGUCUCUUCCUCAUAAGGCAUUAUGCACCAUAUCAUGUUUUGCAAAAACUACAGCAGAAAUUGCUCAGGAGGAAAAUGUUCAAAAAGUGUGGAAGUGGGUAUAAAUAUUGUACAAAUGCUGUUUCUGUCUUUUGGUGUAAUGAUCUUAAAUGUACUUUGUGUUAGAGGUGUGUUGUUGCUGACUGACACCAGGUCAGUGAACUCAUUCCGACUGUUAAAAGUUUUUUUUAUCUUUUUUAAUUCAGUUCAGAGUUCAGUUAACCCGAAACUCUCAUGGUAGCAUUAUAAUGCUGAAAAGUAAUGACCGAUAUUCCUCAUGUCACUGACGUUAAUGCAGCAUUUUAAAACUCUUUAGCAAACGUAUCAGAAGUUCCAUUUUCAUUAUUUCUUUAUAACAGCAGAAGAAGAGUGCCAACAGGGGAAUUUUCUACAAUAAACAACUGUUGCAGAACAA